AAAAGUGAAGGAAAAAAAAAACAAAAAGUUGCAACCUGCAAAAAAUUAUCAAGUUAAAGAUGAUUAUUUUAAGGAAAACUAGAAAUUUUGCAAGAAUAUCUAAUAUUCGCAACUUCGCAGACAAAACCAAACCUGCAACUACCAUCGGACUUGCCGAGAAACCUGCCCCCGAAAGUGUGACCAGUGACUACAUUGGACCACCAGACAAGGAAUCCAAUCUUCGACCCUAUGUUCGUUGUAUUCCCAAAAAUGAAACACCUCUAGCAACUGAACUUAGACUGAAACAAAUAGAAGUUGAGAAAUGGAAUCAAGAAUUUUGGGCUAAACACAACAAACGUUUUUAUGAUGAAAGAGAAGAUUUUAUUAGAAUGCAUAAAGACGCAGGUAUCGAUGAAUUGUCCGCCGACAAAAUGAGUGAAUUUUAUAAAACAUUUUUGGAUAAAAACAAAAAAAUGCAUCUUUAUUACAACAUUUCCUGGUAUUUGAAGAAUUUCGACUUGCUAGUACUAGCUGGCCAGGUUAAUGUACAAAAGUUGUUUACAAAAUUGCAAAAGUAAAAUAUUAUUAUUUAUUGUUGAUUUAAAAUUGUA